AUGUACACGACAUCGACGUUAGGACUUCAAACAUUAAUUGUCGGAGGAAGAACUGUCAGCCAGUUCUUGAAAGACGUUCCAGGAGCCUGUUUCGGUUCGGCAUCUGCAGAGGAGCAUUUCUUGCUUCCUCUAUUCCUCAUUCUCGCCUCUCGAAAUAAUCUCCAAAGGUUUUCAUUGCAUCGACGAGCUUCUAUAGCGUUGAAUUUCGGACUUCUAGAGCGACAACAAAGUUAUGGCGAGGUGUCGUCGGAGAAGAUGAUAUCCAGAUUGGAAAGAAUAAAGCGCUCUUAUGUUUUGCGACUUUGGAAUCCAGUUUUCGAUAAACGACAAGAUGAUGAGAUUAAGCAGGAUUCUGAGGUGAUUGUAACUGUCGUUGUCGAAGAUUCCCUACACGACGUCGGGAAGGAGCGGCUACGGGCGGAGAUGUUGAUGAUACGCAACAGUAAUCAAUCUUUCUUCUUCCUAAAUUUCUUGCUCCUAGUAAUCUUCACCACCAGUUGCAGCACUAUGUCGACUCUUCUCGGUGGUCUACGUGAUUCUCAUACAUCAGAACAGAACAGCGCCGAGAUCGACGAACUUGCCCGCUUUGCCGUCGACGACCACAACAAGAAGCAGAAUUCGUUGCUUGAGUUUGUAAAGGUGGUGAAAGCACAAGAACAGGUUGUUGUUGGGACUUUGCAUCCAAGGCCGGAGCCACGUACCGAGGCCCAAGCAAAAAAAAAAUCAUGCAUUCGCCAUUGUUUGCAUCAUCUUACUAUUGAAGCCAUAGAUGGAGGCAAUAAGAAACUAUAUGAUACAAAGAUAUGGGUAAAGCCAUGGAUGAACUUCAAGGAAGUGCAAGAGUUCAAACAUGCCGGCUCUGGUGCUUCUUCAUUGACUUCAUCAUAUCUUUGUGUUAAAAAAGAUGGACAUGCUCCAGGAUUUCAAGUGGAUGCUGCAAAGCAUAUUCCAGCUCCAGAGCUUCCAACUACUGCUUCAAGGUUUUGGGAAACGCUUUGGGACGAUUUGGGAUGAUGAUGAAUGACAGUUUUAGAGGUUGGUUGAGAGAGACUUCGUUCGAUUGGGGAAGGCGGAGAGAUGUAAUGUAAAAGGU